CCUCAGCAGCUGACACACACACAUCACCUCCUCUUCCUCUUCUUCUUCCUCCUCGUCCUCCUCUUCCUCCUCCUCUCCUCCGCCGGUGCUCCGCUCCUCUCCAUGCCGGCGGACUGGAGCUCUUCGCCGGACUCAGCAUGGCGAAGAUCCGCGUCUCCUACGAGUAUUCGGAGGCCGAGGACAAGAGCAUCCGGCUGGGUUUGUUCCUGAUCGCCUGCGGGAUCCUCAGCCUCUUCAUCCUGGGCUUCUGCUGGCUGAGCCCCACGCUGCAAAGCCUGCAGAGCAAGCCGGCAAACUGCACGGUGGUGUCGGUGCUGCGUCCGGAGGAGAUGUUCGAGUGUAUUUUCACGUGCGGAGCAGACUGUAAGGGAACGUCUUUAUAUCCCUGCCUGCAGAUCUUCGUCAACAACUCAGAGUCUAACUCUGUGGCUCUGCUGCACUUUGACGAGCAGCAGCUGGUCCUCAACCCAAAGUGUUCGUACGUGCCUCCGUGUGAACGAGACAACCAGAAGAACCGAGACAGCGUCCUGUGGUGGGAGGACUACUUCACCCGGGAGGUGAGCAGCCAGGUCUUCACCUGCUUCUUCAACCAGCAGCGCAGGCCGGACGACGUGUUGUGGCGGCGUUCCCACGACACCAGCGUGCUGCUGCACUGCGUCCUGUGGCCGAUGGUUUCUCUUCUGCUCGGCACGCUCAUCGUGCUCCUGACCGUCUGCGCUCGAUCCCUCGCCGUCCGGGCCGAGGCGCUCCAGAAGAGGAAGUUCUCCUACGAGGUCUGCCAGGACCUCUCGGCCUCCGGGUCCUCGGAGCGCCGCGGACACAAAGCCGAAGACCCGCUAACGAGCUCUGACCCCGAAACGUCUUCUUCUCCGACUCGAACCCUGCCUCUGUUCGCUGUUCCGGUGCGACGUCGAGAUCGGGAACACUGAGACAAAAAACGGGAAGUUUGUUUUGAAUUUAAAUCAGGAUGCUUAGUUGUAAAGCCGGUGGGCGAAGACAGCUAACGUGCUAACGACGACGCUAACUUAUCAUGGGAUUGAAACCAAGAAAUCUGAGAAGAGGAAGAUGACGGGAAAACCAGCAGAAGAUGUUCCUCUGGAUUUAAGAUGCUGUUGAGUUCUGUGAUGUCAUCAGCAUUUGUUAUCCGCUUACUGCAGGGAUAACGUGGUUGUUCUGUGCUGGACCCAGGGGCGCCGCCAGGCAUUUUGGGCCCCAUGAAAAGAUAUCACAUUGGCUACUUAAACAUUUCUUUCUUAAUGUUCUAAAAUAGUUGGGGCCCCUGUCAGUCACGGCCCUUAGAAUCGUCCUAACUCUUCACCCCCUUGCGGCGCCCCUGGCUGGACCCUGAGGGUUUAGGACUCACGCCUGCAGUCUCGUUGUUGCUCUGAUGGUACGAUGAAUUCAAUGUCAGGAAAAGUGACUUUAAUGUAGCGCUUCUAUAAAUGUAGUUUUCCCUUCGAGUCCCAGUAGCCAUAAUGUAAAUAAAUAGCGAGCCAAAGUCCUGACGUCCUGUAACUCUAGAAGUAGAGCUGCAACCGCAGACCAGUAAUACACAACUAUAAUGUCAUUUCAUGCAAACAUGUCCAGAAACGCCACUCGUAUAUGAAGACAUGGAGUUAUAUAUCAUCACAGACACAACAAGACAUUUAGAAACCUAAUACUGGACUUUGAGAAACUAGGAUGGAUGUUUUUUUUUACAAUUUCUCACGUUUUAUUUGGCAGAAUAUGAAAUGAUUGUUAGUUGCAGCUCUACUUUAAAGACUCAAUGCAAUCUUUCAUUAAGGGUUUCUUCCAUCAGUCUUUCUUGGAGAACGUACUUUGUUUAAUUUAUUAUGUGUUUUACUUAUUUCUGAGCGGACCCCGCUACCUUUUCCAUUUCUACUUCCAACACAAAAGCAAGUAUUAUUUUCUCACUCGCCGUUUUUUUGCUUAUAAUUUGCUAUUUGAUUUUUUUAUCACAUGUUCAUUUGUUUUGCAGAAAGACUAACGGUAUCAUUAAUGAAUGAAUAAUGUAACUAACAAGUCACUUCCUCAGCGACAGUAAUGUGAUCAAAUGAAUGAGCUAAGUAGUAGAUUAAAACACAGAACAAGAAAAAUAUAUUUUAAGAAAUACUUAAAAAAGUACCAAAAAUGUGGCUAAAAAUACUUUAAAGAUUACUUAAAAUUGCAGGUAAAAAUACUAAGAUUCAAAGUAAACAUAUAUUAAAAAGUACCUUAAGUUUUCAGGUAAAAAGUACCCUCAAUCUUACACUGUUACUUUUCAGUUCUGCAUUUAGAUAAAAGAGGAAAAGGUAAAUGAAUUGAACUUUAUAAAGUAUUUAUGAGACUCCUGCUGCUCUUCUUGAGAAACCACAGGACCUUCCACCUGCCGCACAGCGGACACAGAGCAAAGGUUACAGAUACAAAACGCUAAAUAAAACAAUUCAUAUAUUCAGGUUGCAAUGCAGUAAAUCUCAAAGUAUAUUUUAAAGAGCUUUGCAGACUUAUAGUGGUGCAAACAUGUCCAGAAGAAUUAGAUUUUCUGCUUUGUUAGUUCAAAUAUAACCAACAAUCAUAUUAUAGCUUCUCCCAAAUGUGCAAAUAGAUCCAUUGCCAGUAGAUUAAAGGGAAAUCGUUGGUAGUAUUGUGCAGGAAUGACCAAAGGAAGGUGCAAAACUUCACACUAAAUCAUUGUAUUUUCUUUAUUGCACCUCGUGUUACUAAACGUUAACAAACCAUCAACCCUUGUGAGCAUCUCCUUGCAGAUCCACAGCUCGGAGGUUAUAGAAACUAAAGAUGUAGAAAAGGCCGUUCUCUUUGAUAAAUAAUAUGAUAUCCUGCCGUAACUUUUCAAAGGCUGACAGUAAAUUACCUCUCUGCCACGCAGCGCUGUUAACAAUAGAUGUGAUCUCGUGAUUCAUCCUCCAUCAGAGGGAGUUUUUCAUCCUCACGUCUAAAAAAUCUUCUCACCACCGCCGCCGCCGUCCUGCAGGCUAAAAAUUACCCAACGUCGCCUAGCAACAGACACAAGGCGAGUGUUGUCGCUGCCAAAAAAAUAAAAAUAAACAAAAAACAUAUUUCUCCUCCUCAGGAUCAGAUCAGUUAUCUGUGUUCCUCCUGGUUCACCAGCCGAGCUUCUGCAGCAUUUUAAUAUCUGUCUUGCCUGUUCGUUACACUUCAGUGACAAAAACAAUUGAUUUGAUGUCGUCUUUGAUUUUCUAAACCAAAAGCCAUAAUGUGUAGACAAAGGGUGUUGAAGCUGAAUUAUUAUUAGUAUUUUUAAUCAUUUUUCUAUUGGAUUUGUGGAACCCUUAUAUACAUUUAUAUCUUUAAAAAUAAUAUUUUUCAUUUACACAAAACUGAACAUUAAAGAAUUAUUAAAUGUAAUAAAAACACCGGGCAGACAUAUUUAUUCCUCAGGUAGUUACAGUUGAAUUAUUUGUAGUAUUUUUACUAAUUUUCCUAUCAUAUUUAUGGACCCCUUGACAUAUUUUCAUGUUUACAUUUUUUUUUAAAUCCACAUAGAAACUGUAUUUUAAUUCAUAAGAAAAUAUCUAAAAGGCAUGGAAAUGAUGUGUUUUCCCUGAGGCACAAUGGGCAACUAAUUCUUAGUUUUUACUCUUUUAGAUUUUGGCAACACUUCCAAAGAUCUUUGUAUUUAAAAUAAUGAUUUCAUGUUUUAAUGUUUACUCACAUUUACAAUAGUUUUUCUGAGAGAUGUCACCCACUCUUAUAAAGACAGAUAACUUAAAAAUAAAGGUACAAAUGAAAUAUGAUGUGACUGCUAUGGGAAGCAAAACACAGAAACAAAAACGAAAUAUAUUUUCCUGCUUUUUUUUUGGCAUCAAAUCAUAAUAUUUUAGUUAAAAAAACAUCAUUUGUAUUUCCUGAUUGCCCCUGAGUUCUCCGUGUUGAUUCUCCAAAGAAAGCGUAGCUCCUCCUGUAGCAUCUCGUGUUUACGAGCCGUCGUCUGUUUUCUAUCUGAAGCCAUACGCUAAACUGUGAACACUGUCCGUCGCUUCUUUAUCACGAAAACAGCAAAUUAUAUUCUUACAGAUGUUUGUAUUUAAUGAGAUUUUCUCCUGAUUUAUUUGUGUUUCAUUGUAAACUGAUUUAUGAAAUGUAUGUACUUUAAAUAUUUAAUUUGCUGUGUUAAUAUUAAGACUCCUCUUUUCUUCUAUGUGUUGUCCUGUUGAGUCGUCCGUCCUCCGUGUGACCCAGGUAGCUCCGUGUGACCCAGGUAGCUCCGUGUGACCCAGGUAGCUCCGUGUGACCCAGGUAGCUCCGCCAGGUAGCUCCAUGUGACCCAGGUAGCUCCGCCAGGUAGCUCCAUGUGACCCAGGUAGCUCCGCCAGGUAGCUCCGUGUGACCCAGGUAGCUCCGUGUGACCCAGGUAGCUCCGUCAGGUAGCUCCGUGUGACCCAGGUAGCUCCGUGUGACCCAGGUAGCUCCGUCAGGUAGCUCCGUGUGACCCAGGUAGCUCCGUGUGACCCAGGUAGCUCCGUGUGACCCAGGUAGCUCCAUGUGACCCAGGUAGCUCCGCCAGGUAGCUCCAUGUGACCCAGGUAGCUCCGCCAGGUAGCUCCAUGUGACCCAGGUAGCUCCGCCAGGUAGCUCCAUGUGACCCAGGUAGCUCCGCCAGGUAGCUCCAUGUGACCCAGGUAGCUCCGUCAGGUAGCUCCGUGUGACCCAGGUAGC